GAGUCCUGCCAGUAUCUUCCAACUAUAGAUUCCCCUAACCCUCCUGCAAAAACUCAUAUAAACCCUCACAAUGUCACUGAUACAGCUACAUCACCACCGAUUCAUGGACCAGCAGGAACCCAAUUUCACGGGCCACCCCAGCAUUAUUGCUGAAGAAGAUGAUGCAGCGCCAGCCGACUUUUGUCUCUCGUUUGCCAAGAAGGUUGUGUUGCCCCGUGCCCCAUCUCGAAAGUCCGUCAUCAGCGAAAACUUCCCCAGCGGAAAGGGCAGUGUCCUUGGAAAGGCCACAGAGCCAGCCUCCUCUUUUCAGUGGGUGGACCAUGACGAGCAGAUCAGGGCACCAAGAAUGGCGCAGCCGCUGUACCGGGAUUCUAUCUCGCAUGGUGACUCGUUUGUCCUCGCUGGAACUACCCGUAGCAACAAGCGGGCCAACAGCGACAACACCAGACAGCUUGAACAGCCACCGACCACUACCAGAAGCAAGUACUUCCCUGCAACCUUUGACUUGAACCAACCUACGCGUAGAUAUCUGAUUGAAGAGGAGGAAACAAACUAUAUCUACUCUGGGAGCUUUGCGGAGCAGCCGCAGAUGUUGGAAUUCAGAGCCCCAUUCAAGUCGUUUCCACAUUCCACCCUCCCCGGCCUGAGCGUCCCGCUCCAGGAACCUACCCUCCAGCGCAAACAAUCGACUUCGUUCUCUGAAAUGGCCAGAAAGGCUUUGUACAACUUGCAGACCAAUACCAUGUCACAUGAAGCCACCGUAAACCCCCCUCCAACAACCACACCAAAGCUACGCACCGCACUUUCUUCAGGCUCCGUCUCCUCAGCCUCUUCCGUCUCCUCGUCCCCCAAUGCUGCAAACACCACUGUUACAACGCCUACGUCUUCCUCCAGAUCAUCCUCCUCGUGCCUCUGCUCGCCAGUCACAACAUCGGCCGACUCCCCUCCCAGAAGAGAGAAAAUUGUCAUCGAUUCUCCGUUCUUGAACCAGGUUUACGAGAUGAAGACACCAAACUACAUCCCUGCCGUAUUGCGCCCUCCUUCCGCUGCCCCGACCGAGACGACCCUCCGUGAUGAUGAGAACGAUAAUGAUUUAACCCCAUUGGCCACCACCCCACUUGCAUCGAAGUAUAUCAUGAACGAGAACCUUAGCAUUGAGCCAUCUCACCACCAUUGGCUUCCCAACAACUUUCGCGAUGCCUGUAAAGCCUGCCAUGUGAAGUUCUCUCUGAAGCCGGGGGUGCUCUUCAAGUCCUGGGUCUCGUUGCCUGUGUCUGCGUUAACCAACGCUGAGCUCACCCCUACUCCUACCAUAGAUCCCAUUGCCAGCGGAAAGGUCCGAUCCGGAAGUGGAACCGUCUCUGGCAAGCACCACUGCAGAAAGUGUGGCGACAUCUUUUGCCUCGCCUGUGUAUCUUUCCAGGCGAUGAUGGACGAAUGCUGCGGCUGGGUGGUUCCAAUCUACAAAUCUACGGUUCCAUCUUUCCAAGAUGACAGGGAGGGUCCUCGCAACGCGAUGAGCUUGCACAGAGGCAAGAUUGUGCGCAAGGUGUGUUCCACGUGCUACCACGACUCUUGGUUGAAGUUCUUACUCUUCCAGCUGAAACAGGCUGUGGCAGAGGUGGAAGAACCGACUGAGACUACCGACAAGGGAACUACCAAGGAAAACAAACGAUCAGGUAGUAUUGUUCCAAAUGACUGGACCUGGAGUUCUUUCUGAACUCCACGCCCUUUAGCCAAACUCUUUCCCCCACUCACCGUCCCAUAUAUUAUUGUACUUUACGCUGUAUGGCUAAUGCCCCCAUACCUUCAUUUCUUUGAUAAAAGUUUACUAUGCUUCUUGACUUUCUUUUGGUUACUCUUCC